GUGAUAAACUUGUAGCCAUAUAACAAGAAUUGGUAAUGGUAAAUCUUGAUAUUUUUGUUAGUCAUUAUCUUAUAUCAGUAUUAACAUGAACAUGAUCAUCUUCAUCAGUAUCACGAGAAAGAUGGCGUCGUCCAUUGUACACCAAUGGGGCAGAGUUGAAACCGAGAUGAACAAGCACAAAGUCAAAAUGGCCCAAUGCGUAAUCCUAUUGUGUUGAGCUACUCCAGGACAGGCCCUGAUCCCUAGGCUGGAAUUGGUAAAGAAACUAUGGACUUAGUCACACGAUUGUUGGAGUGCCUUCUGAGGAUCAUGGAAUAACUAGUGGAUAUUUGAUUAGAGCACAAACAUAUUGUUGACUCGGGAUCAGGGGAACAAAAUGCAGUUUUCUUCGCCCUUCAUCUUCAGCAUGUCUUUUGAUGUGCAGCUACACAGCACCAGCAAUCGCGGGUUUGACCCGUAAUUCAUCGGCGACUUCACCUCCCGUUAGGCUUAGUCACCACGCACGCACACGACCUCCGCUCUCCCGAGGAAAAUUUUUUCUUUAUGAACGACUCUGCGCAAUGCAGCUGCGGAAGAUUGCUGACCUACGCAGAGUAGAUGAAGUACAAGGAAAAAUAUAAGACGCUCAAACCGAAACCGUCAGACCGAAGAACAGUAAUAAGCACUAGAAACUACACCACUUGAUCUAGAGAGGAGUUGUUUUCUCCGUUGGUAUGCGCAGUAGCGCGGCUGCAGUGUCUUCACCGGACGAUAGCUCGCCGCCUCUAGAGCGGGAACGACGAGUGGGAACAUCCGGCCGAGUUAUCAGUACUCCGUUUAACAACAAUCCGAAUCAAGUAGAGCAACAUACGUUUACGUUAUCUAGCACGACAGCCACAUCCUCCUCUUUGUCCUCAACAUCAGCGUUUUUACUCGAAGAAAGUGGCAUUGAGGAAGCGGGGACAAUUAGUACUGCAGCGUCUACGACCUCAACCACAUCGGGAGGAGGUGAUAGACAGGUCAACAGCAUGCAGCCUGUCGACGCGUCGGAGGCUUCGUCUCGAAGAGCGAGAGCAUCGCUAGACCAGCAAUACUACGCAGCCAACCCCACUAGCCGUGGGACGCCUCCUGGGACAGGGUCUCCACAGCGACGCGGAAAUGGUGGGGUGCCUCCAUCAGCGUUAAGUAGCGGUGGCCAUGGAUCAGACCAAAGAAAUAAGUACAGUGUCGACCCCGGCGGGGCGAAUGGAUUUCCGUCAUCUUAUCCCGGAGCAACAAGCUCAAGUGGAAGCAGUUACGCCCCCGAACCUCGCAACCGAAACUCAUAUGCACCUGGGGGGAGUCGAGCAUCAGCCUCUACGUCAACAACACGUAGAGAUGGAGGUACCAAUACUCUUUAUUUUGAAUUUCGAGGUUCUGGUUCUCAUUCUCAUUCUCUUUUGUUCAUACACUGUAGACCACCCUGGUGCAAUAAAGAUCAAUUUGUUUUACUUCUUUUCCACUUUCGAUUUCGUCAAUAAUCAGAUCAAAGCUGAGGAAAACUUGAACCUAGUAGGGCAACUCCCCCAAUAAAGUGCAGCGAUAUUCAAGCUUUGUUGUAUUCUUUGUCCAUGAGGUCAUCGAACGCAAUCCGUCGGAGGCGGUGCUUCCUCUUCUUCAUCGAUGGGUGUCACAGGCGAACCAGGAGGGGCUUCUAGCAGCCUCACAGGGCCCGCGUUAUCGAGGCAAAAAUGGGAGAAAAUGCUCCACAAAGGGCUAACUGAAGAAUUUUUGCGAGAUAAUCGGGAAACAUUCCUCAGGCGAGUACGCCGUGGAAUUCCGCCAGAAUUUCGCUGGCAAGUCUGGAAAUGCGUGAUUAGCGAUCCGCAAUCGACGAUCAAUACUUCUAGUUCAGAUAUGACAGGUGGAGGCGGAGCGGCUUCUAGUACUUCCUCCACGACCACAGGCACGGGCAUUGAAGACGAAAACUCUCGUAGUAAUGGCGGUGGAGCUACCUCCGCAAUUGGCACGGCCUCUUCGAAACCACCAGCUGCCAGCGGUGGCUUCGCGGCCAUGUCAGCAGCUAGCAGGAGCUCAACCUACCAGAAUUUGCUGAAGAAGGAAAACCGAUGGAUAUCCUUGAUCAAGAUUGACAUCUCAAGGACCUUCCCAGAAACCGACAAAUUCUUAUGGCCAAGACCUAUGUCGAUCUCCAUCUCCUCUCUGGAUCCAACCACCAGCACGGUUGUACCGAUCAUUCCCAUGGUUUUUGACAUUUGGCCAAGAAAACGGGCAGCGGGGUGCUUGGGUUGCAACCAUUGUGUUGUUUUUAGGAUUCAUUCUUAGGACGAUGGAAUAACCGAAUCACACCUCAUCUCUAAGAUUUGACGACAGCCACCAAAACAAGCUUUUGCGGAUUCUUUCAGCAUACAGCAAUUUCAAUAUGGACGUUGGGUACUGCCAAGGCAUGAAUUUUAUAGCCGGUCUUCUACUCCUGGUAUCCGGCUCCAACGAAGAGGAAACAUUUUGGAUGUUUGUCUCACUGAUGGAGCUACGCGGCUUAAAGGGCUUCUACAAAGACAAAUUUCCCAUGCUCAGGUACUGUAAAUUAAAGUUCUCCCGAAUGCAAAUGCAAAACGAUUCCAUAGCUCUACUUGUUUCUUACGAGGCAUAGAUAAGGUGAAACCUGGGAAAUUUUACAACAAUCUUGAUCUUCAUCACAUCUAUUUCAACUUGAAAAAAAAAUCACUUUUACAGAAGCAAAUUUUUACAUUGAUAAUCAUCCAUGCAUUCCAGUUAGUAAAUGUUAAAGAACAAAGAACGCGAGCAAACACCUGAUGCUCACCUGAACAACAGGGUUUACCUGAAAGCUUUUGACCGAUUGCUAGGAGAGCAGUUGCCGGAGCUCCGAGAACACUUUCAGGUUGAAGGGGUGCAGCCUGCGGUCUAUCUGCAUCAGUGGUUUCUUACUCUCUAUAUCAAUUGCCUGCCGUUGCAAACGGUGCUGGUCAUAUGGGACGUCGUCGUCUGUGAAGGCCUCCACGUUCUACUCUCAAUCACGCUGUCUCUGCUAAAAGUGCUGCAAAGCGUUCUUCUGAUUAUGAAGAGAUGAUUGAAACAAAUCGAUGUGCUAAAAAUAGAAGUGGUGCUAUUUUCGAUUGUCCUUAUGAUCGUUAUCACUCGAAGACAAAAACUAGCUGGAAUACAUUCAUAGGUUCUGAAGUUGAGGCUGACGUCGCCGAUGUAAAAAUUCGAUACGAUAGUACAGUACGAUGAAGGAACAUGAUCAUCUGGAUAAGCAGAGUAGAAACUUGGUGAUUGUCUUCAAGCAGCGCUGUCAAUUUCUAAUCUGGAACUCGAGUUUGAGGACAUCGUAAAAUUUUUCAAGACCAUGAAGACUGGCGACGAAGAUUGCGACGCGACGAUGAUCGGGCAGCUGCUAAUCCGCCAGUCGGGCCGCGUUGACCUGUCAAAGCAAGUGUUGCAUAUCAUAAACCAGGAAGACAGUAGUGAUUUUGUCGACUUCGAUGAUUUUUUCGCUAAAGAGACUGGCGCUAGUAAUGGUUCGACUUCAGUCGGCAUAGGAAAAGGUCGAUCUUCAGCUGCAGGUAAUGCUGGGAAAAAGGAUGGUACUACAUAUACUUUCGUAGACAGGGGGUAUCUGUUUUCAAAUUCACACCCAGUCGUUAAUUUCAAUGUUUUGGUUUGUUGGAAUCGUGUUGCUUAUCAAUGUAGAGGUCUUCGUUUUCCACCUUAUUUCUAUUUGCGUAUAAUUUUUCGCGAAUUUUCAUGUAGUUAGUCUGUCGGACUCAAAAUAGUUGUUGUCGUAGUCCCUUCCGUGUACUUGUUCUACUACGUCGAGGAAAUAGUAUCAGCGAAACGACAAAAACAAAUCUGAUUAUCAGGUGGAGACACCACUGCUACAGAGGAAUUGGGCUGGUUUGAAAGAAUGAGUAAAGACCUGGCUACGUUCUUCGACUCUAGUGGUGAUUCGUAUGGGUACACCGGUGCGCCAGCAUCAACGUCAGCUGCAAGCAAAAAGGAUACGCCUCCGUAAGACAAUUCAUCAUGAUCUUCAUAGAAGAAGGGACGGUAUGUUUACAGUAUACGACAUGAUCAGUAUUAAAUGAUAAAUUCAUCAACAUCAUGUGCUUGUGCUUCCCCAGAACGGAGAACGACAGCAAAAUCAAAAGGCUAAGAUGUUGGUAGCAUCAACUCUAGUACAACUUUCUCAUCUACGUAAGUGACAAGGUGUUGAUUUUUUGGAUCUAGAAAUGACCCUUCGAAAAGAUUAAGAUUUUGAUAUUCAACAAUCGACAAUGAUUUUUCUUCAUGCUUAUCCUUUCACCUUUGACCCUCCAGUUUACAUUCUCUGCUACGAGAAAUUAUGGCUUGAUGCUCCUCAUGAAGUGAGAUAUUUUCAAGGAAGGUAGACGUACCGUUACCCUUCGAUGCACAGAAAUCGAUGCUUAGAUAACGCUACAUGUCCCUGUAAACACCCAAGCCGUCGACUGAAGAAUACGAUAGGGAUACGGACGACGCUCAUGCAGAUACUUAGGAAGAACGUGGUCCACUGAGCCUCCGCCUUCUCGUAUGCGAGCCGUCUGUGUGCGAAGAGAAAAACGUCAGACAACAUUUGAAUUUGUUAAAAUACAUAGAAUAAGUAUUUGAUGCUGAGCAUUUCUAUUGCUGUUAUCAUCAAUUUUGAUUUCUUCGUGACGAGCGAGUGGUGCGCACGACCUGACUGUGACAUUCAACAAAGGUAUCGAGAG